GAGGAAAUCAGCUGAUUAAUUUGCCUAAGCAAAUGAACUGCAUGUAGACAAGCGAUGAAUAUGAGUGGCUUGUAAGAUUUUCAUGUAUUUGAGUAAAGCAGUUAGGACCAACCCAAUGUUUUGCCUGAAGGUAACGGGACACAAAAUGGUGGGGUAUAAAUUUGGAGCAGUCAGCUUGUGGUCUGCACAGCAAGCGGAUAGAAGAUAGGCUUCAUCAUGUCUUUUAAUGGCAAAUUUGUUCUGCAGAGUCAGGAGAACUACCAGGAGUUCCUGCAAGCUAUUGGAGUGUCACAUGUGGAGGUGGACAAUCAAGACAUGGUGACUGACAUCUAUCAGGGCGCUUACUACAGGAUUGCCAAAUUUAUGGGUCCUGAUGUGUUGACCAACACUUUCAUGGCUGGCAGGGAGGCGGAAUUGGAGGAUCUGGACGGCACAACAUUCACGACUACUGUCAAUUUGGACGGAGGUAAAAUCAAGAUCCAGUUCCCUAAAUAUGUUUACACUGCCGAGGUAUCCGGCGACAAACUCGUCGAGAUGAAUUCCAUUCCGGGUGGGAUUACCAACAGAAUGGUUAGCAAGAGACUAGUAGAGUAGUCAGAAAAAAAAAAACCUCUUGCAAACUGCAUUUAAACAAAAUAAACAAGCAUCGAACAUGUUUCUGUGUUUUGUAUUCA